UUCCUCGCUCGAGUGUCUUUUUUUUUAUUCAUAAGUGUUUUGUUGUUGAGGAGGAUGUGAGGGAGGGAGUGAUUGGAAAUGUAUAUAAACAGUAGGUUGCAUUGGAAUCGGCACAAUAGCUCACAGAACCCCCUCAAGUUCAGACAUGAAGCUCUUCGUAAUUCUCGCUUUGGUGGGCGUGUCCUUCGCCGCCGCCCUUCCAACGGACGUCGCCCCUGAGCCAGUGUCCGACACAGAGGAAGUGGCGAAAGCCAAGGCAGAAUUCAAGGCCCUUUAUGACUCGGCAGCAGCAGCAGCCGCCGCUGACGCAGUCCCUGAAGUAGUGGUUCCCGAAGGCGCUCCCGCACCCGUUGCUGACACCGAAGAAGUGGCUGCCGCCAAGGCCAACUUCCAGGCUGCCUUCGACGCUGCUGCCGCCCGUGCCGAAGCUGCCCCUGACACCGACCUGGACGGUGCCCUUUCCACCUACAGCGGAUACUUGUCUGGACUGGACGGACGCCUCUCACCCUUCUACACCAACACUCUGCCCUACGGCGCCUUCGGUCUGCACGCCCCCGUGGUUGCUGGUGCCCCCUUCGUUGCUGGUGCUCCCUACACCGUGGGUGUCGGAGCUCCCCUCCUGAAGAACGCUGUGGUCGGAGGAACCCACGUGGUUGGCUCCCCUCUUGCCUACAACGCCCUUGGCCUCGGCGUCCACGGCUACGGAUUCGGUCUUCAGGCUCCCUUCGUCCGCGUCGUGGCCUAAGAGUGAAGGACGGUGUAGAUGGAAUAUGAAGGAUCUUGGAGAGGAGCGAUGAAGGUCACGCCCUUGCCAUAGAAAACGUUUCCUUAAGGAAUCCAAACGAUUACUUAGGAAACGUUUUCUUUGCUUGAUGUGAUUCUUUUCUCUCUUGCCAGAGCUUCACUGUCUCCUAUGUGAGAUUUUUGUCACGUACAUAAAUUUGUAAAUAGAUCGUUAUUUACAAAUUCCCGGUAUUUCUUCGAUUGGCAAUUGAUGUAUUUAUGAAAAAAUCUUCAAUAAAUUUUACUUUCAAUAA